CUAAAGCCAAAUGCCUCAAACAUCAUAAUAAACCCAACAAGGUUCAAGUAAAACAUAAAUCGAUGGACGAAAAAAACUCACCAUAUCAGAGUGAAGAAACAAAAAUUGCAUUGCUUCUUCCGGCCCUCACUGUAACACCGUAGAUCAUGUCGACCCCAGGAGCAUUUGCAGACUCGCCAACGGCACAAUCUCAGCCUUCUCCUUACGCAUACUACCCCCCGGGAACAUUUCCUGAUGUAUCUCAAACCCAGUCCUCUCAAACCGCUACCACGGCAGCAGCCUCAAGCUCCUCUACGACCGCAACGACUCAGCCACAAUCGCGUCAGGCAGCCGAGGAAGCCCGCAAGGAUCGCACCCUAGCUGAAUUCCUUGUGAUGCUUGAUGAUUAUGAACCCUUGAUUCCCAAUGAAGUAACAGACUACUAUCUCCAGAGGGUGGGAUUUGAAUGCGAAGACGUGCGGCUAAAACGCCUGCUUUCAUUAGCCGCACAGAAGUUCGUAUCCGAUAUUGCUGCCGAUGCCUACCAGCAUGCUCGUAUACGUACCAACGCCAUGGGUGGCCGUGCCAGAGGCCCCCUCACUGGGCCAGGGUCAAAGGAUAAGACAAGAACCACGCUAACCAUGGAUGAUUUGAGUGCCGCGUUGGCUGAGUACGGUAUUAAUGCUAAAAAACCAGAAUUCUAUCUGUAGUAGCAAGCAUAAUAAACCGAGAAUAUGACUG